GAAGUGAUAUUACAGCAAUAUUUAUUAUAUAUCUGAUUAGGCAAAAAACAUUGCCUGUCUUGUCCUAAAUCUAUUUCUAGAAAAACACCAUUGCACAAAUCGGUCCAUACAAAUCGGCCCAUUUGUGCAAUGAGACAAUUCUUAGACGUACAUUACAAUAAGCUUGGACAACUAAAUAUUAAAAUGCUAAGACAAACACGGUCAUAAUUUUGUAGUUGUAAAAUAUGAUGCUUGUAAUGUUUAAGGUACGAUUUAAAUGGACGAAAGGCUACUUUAAACGAUUUUACGAACCCUGACACUUUAAACGGACUUGUCCAACAGCUUCAGCAAAUAUUAGACGUGAGGGCGCAAUGGGCCCCAGGAAAGCCAAUAUGGCUUGGUGAAACUGCUUCAGCAUUUGGAGGUGGGGCUAAAGGUUUAUCUGAUUCAUAUGCAGAUGGCUUUCCUUGGCUUGAUAAACUUGGCACUGCGGCAAAAAUGGGAAUUGAUGUUGUGGUUCGACAAACAUUUUUGGAAGCUAGCUACGCUCUCAUCGACAGUGACUUUAAUCCAUUACCAGAUUAUUGGCUUACAUUACUGUACAAGAGAUUAGUUGGUGGGAAAGUUUUAAACACAACAUUACAUCAAUGUAAAGGUGACAACUGUACCUUAUAUGACCGAAGCAAAGUGAGAAUAUAUGCCCAUUGUGCAAAAAAUAAAUAUCGUAAAGGGUCUAUUGUAAUUUAUUUUAUAAACCUCUGGUCAAGAAAGCUCCACCUUGCACUACAACCGUUUGCUGGAUUGACUGGGCAAGGCUACUUGUAUCUAUUGGAGCCUUCUCCACCCGGAAACUUAACUUCAAAAUCUAUUCGAUUAAAUGGAGUAACUUUAAAACUGAGCAGUACGAAUACUUUUCCCCGCCUUCGGCCUACGAGAAUAGACGAAUCCAAGUUAAAACUGGGCAUUAAGAUUCCCUCGUUUACAUACGGUUUCCUUGUUUUAAGUGGAGCAAACGCUCCAGCGUGUAUCAAUAAUGGCAUUUAAACUAUAUUAACUAUAUGUAUUGGGAUGGGGGAAAGAUGAAACACCUUUUUGUUCUGUUUACUCGUCCCAUUUCGGCCUAAAAAUAGAACAUUCAAAGAAUUAUAAAACCGUGUCCUUACGAUUCUUGUAUAGAGUCUAUAGGUAUAGACCGUUGUUAAUUGUAUAAAACACAAUCAGGAUAUUACAUUGUUAUGUGCUAAAAGUGUCCCGUUUACCCUCACUGUACUCUCCAUAUACUUGUACAUUUAAAGCAUAUCACGUUAUUUUCUUAUUGGCGUAAUAACGACAGAUAUUUUGGAUUGUUCUACUAAUUUACUACAACGGCUUACAUCGACUCGCACGAUUGAAUAAAUAUCACUUAUUUAUUCUC